AUGUUUAAAAUUUGCAAAAAGAGAAAGACAAAAAAGUCUAGCAAGUCAUUACUUGAGAGCAUGUAGCCAAAAACAAUUGAAGAGCUAAAAGCUGAAGAAGUGAUUAUUGCUUAGUAUUAAAAAGAAUUCACAUUUGAAGAAAGAUAUAAUGACUCAUAGGAAUGCAAAAAAAAACAUCCAGAAUGUGUUCCUUUGAUUAUUGAAAGACAUCCAGAUCAUAAAGAUAUAAAAGAAAUGCAAACACCUAAAUUCCUUUUCCAUUGUCAAUCAUAAACUGCUAAUGCAAUGGUGAGAACACAGAAAGAUGUUCAAGCGAAAAAAAUGUGGUUCUUUGUUCAUAUGCCUGAUAAUCAAUUAAAAUUGAUAUACCCUCAAUCAAAAUUAGGUGUCUUGUAUUAGAGAUAUAAAAGAUCUGAUGGAAAUUUGUACAUAUUUUAUUCUGAUAAAAAUCUUGUUUAGCAAACAAGCACAUUCAUGAAUGUCAUGCAAAUAAUAUGUGUUAUUUUACUGAUUUUCUAUGGCUAUGUUUAUUUCUUUGGCGUUAAAGAUAUCCUUUGGUUAUUUGGUUAUGACCUAGCUAAAUUAUAGUAAGAAUACAUUUAAAGCUAAACAAAUUCCACUCUAACCAAUUCCACGCAUGUAAAUUCUACUUUUAGCAAUACAACUAAUUCGAAUGCUGAAAAAAUAGAAUUAUGA